AUGAGGCUGCAUCCUAGUAAAGGCGGAGCCGCCUCCUUAAGAGUAGGCGCCACUCGCGCCGUCUUAUCCUCUCGCGUACCCGUCCCUAAGAAUCUCCGACCGAAACCCCCUCCGCUAGUCGCGCUCUUCACCUCCCCCGCGUUCUUCCGACUCCUAGUGGUCCUACUAGCUCUCUCCUUCAUCACUUUAACUGGUCUGUCUUUUGUCGAGAUCGAAGAGGACACUGUCGAGAAAGCGAUCACGCGGCAGCUUAUGAGCGCAGACGAGGACGACAAGGGCGGCAAGGGAUCGAGCAACGACUUAGGCGUUCGCCUCGCGAGAGACGAGGAGGAAUUACCGGAGCAGCUGAAGCAGCGGUCGCGCCAGUCCGACGGCGGGGAAACGGCGGAAGCGGGGGAAGCGGGGGGAGCGGGGGGCGGAGAGGGGGAGGAGGAGUCCGGCGGGGAUUCCGGCGAUCAGAGCGACUCGCUGCACGUGCACGUGCAUUUAAUUGCGUCGUGCGAUGUGGAGUCGGUGGAAGAGAGUUUGGACAUGCUGCAGAGUAAAGUGCUCUGGGACGAACACUACGUGCCGCUGACUGUGCUGCUGGACUGCCACGACCCCAAGUACGAGUCAGCCAUAAUGCUCGCCACCCGCCGUGUGCAGUGGCGCUUUGGCCCCUACACUGGCAGGGGAGAUGCUCUCUUGGAGAAUAGCCGAGAAGGGGAUGGGGUUUCGGGCUUAGGCUUGGGUGAGGGUGCAGGGGGAGGAAGGCACCUGUUGGGAAAAGCAGCUGUUGCGGCAAAGAAAGGGGUAGCAGUUUCUGGCAAAGAUGCUGCGGUGAAAGGUGGGCAGGGGCAGGGCAAGGGUAAGGUUGCAGCAGCAAAGGGUGGUUCAGCUGCAGGCGCUGCAGCUGGUUCUAAACCAGGAGGUAAAGGUAAAGCCGGGAAUGCAGCUGCUGCUGCUACAGGUGCCAAAGCAGGAGCAGGAGGCAAAGCAGGCAGCAGCAGCAGUGGUAAACCGGCUGCCACUGGUGCCAAGCCGGCCAAAACAGCAGCUGCUGCUAAAUCCACCGGCGCUACAGCCGGCGCUACAGCUGCUGCCACUGCUGCUACAGCCGGCGCUGCACGGGGCGGCAGCAGCGAGCUGGCGGCGCUGACCUUUCUCGACGCCUGGCAUCCGAAAUCCGCCCUGGGGAUUGCGUUCUACCUGCGAGACUCGGCGCGCGUCUCACCCUUCUUCUACCGCUUCCUGGUCGACUCCGUUGAGAUGCUGGCGGGGGCCGCCCCUCCCAGUGACGAUGGUGGUGAUAGUGUUGGGGAGCUGUAUUCCAGCCCACCGUUCUCCACCCUGUUCGGGAUCAACAUAUUGGACCCAGGCACAGCAACAGGCACUGCUCCAGGCACUCACAGUCGACUGUCAAUUCGUCUUCCCAACCCCUCUGCCCCUCUUUCCCCUCCCUCCCACAUUCCCACACGCCUCCCUUGUCCUCCCCCUCCAGUGCCCCAGCAACCCCCUCCCGCAUGGCACCUGCACCAGGCACUCACCAUCGACUGUCAAUUCGUCUUCCCAACGCCCUGGGAGGAAAUCCUCCUCUGGCGCCGCUCCUUCCCCAACACCUCCUUCACCCUCUCCUCCGCCGUUUCCCACCUCAAAGACGCCGCCUUUGCCAUCUCAGCUGUGGCGGCAAGCCGGGAAGGUUCGGUGAAUCUUCAGGGGAAGUUUCAGGGGCAGGGGAGGGCGGAUCUGGGGACGGAUUACUUCACCAAGACGUGCCAGGCGGAUCCGGUGCAGCAAAUACACUCGUUACUCGAUAGCCACGGGCGGUUUAAUCUGCUCGCGCCGGAUAUUAACGGGAGUAGCAUGUGCGUGUCGCUUGCACCAAUCAGGAAGCAGGAGGAGCGGGCGAAAGGGUUAGUAGCAGCCGCUGCCAAAGCGAAACGGAAACUGAACCAAAAAGAGGCUGCAGAGGUAGCGAAAGCGAAAAAAGCCAAGGAGGCGCUGGAUUUGUUUGCGAAGGGGCAGGCGGUGUUCCUCCUUCGGCCGUCGUUCAUUCAUCUCAACUCCUCCCUCUCCUCCUCAUCGUCCUCUGCUGCUGCUGCUGCUGCUGCUGCUGAAGCCGCUCACUUGAGGGCAGCGGCGUAUUUGCAGAGUGCGGGAGGGGACGGGCAGCAGAAGGGGCUGCAGCAGGGGCAGCAGCAGCGUGGGGCAGGGAUGGGGAGGAUGGGACGUGCGUUGCUAGAGUUUGACGAGCAUCUAGGGCGUGUGGGUCUGAGGAAGGACGGCGGCAGCAGUGCAGAGCAGAGCAGGCUGGAAUUUAAUCAGCAAUGGGAGGAAGGGGACGGGGAAGAAGAGGACGGGGCGAUGGUUGACUGGAGGCAGGGUAGGCAUGGGAGCAGCAGGCUGCUUAUGAGUGCUGGUGGCAGCGGUAGUGAUGGGUUUGGAGGGGUUGGAGGGGGUGGGGAUGGAGGGGGAGCGGAGGGCGGAAGGAGGAAGGCCAAGUGGGGGUUCAGGCUUGUGGCAGCAGCUAAGGCGAUGAAACGGGUGGCGAGGCGGGUGGCGACCGCGUCUGGUCUGAGACGCACCCCCAACAUCACUGUUCCCUUCUCCAUGGAAUAUGGCGGGAUUGGGUACAAGCAGCUGCUGCUCAAGCGCACGCGAUUGGUCGGCUCGAUUCUCAAGAUGGGGUACAAUGUGCUGCUUGCUGACGUGGACGCCGUCUGGCUCUCCGAUCCAUUCGUGCACAUGGGCAACAAAUCCGUGGACAUUUAUGGGCAGCUCGAGCCUUCUGGCCAGCUGUGUGGGGGUUUCCUCUUCCUGCGCUUCACGCCGCGUGUGGUAACCCUAUGGGACCAGGUUACGGGGCUGUACACGCGCACGUUCAACCGCAUGGCCAAGGAGGCACUGUACAAGAAACCGGAAGAAAUGGGCGCGUGGCUCAAGCAAUUCGAGCAUUUGCACGAGCAGCGGUAUCUGAACCAGCUGCUGGGGAAGCGGCGGAACAAGGUGCAGGUGCGAGGGCUGGACAUGCUCAAGUUCCCCAACGGCAAGGAGUUUUUCGUGCAGCGCGCACCGCAGCAAGCAGAGGUGGCACCAGUUGUGAUUCACAACAACUAUAUCAAAGGGAAGAAGGCCAAGAUUCAACGUUUUAAAGAGUUUGGCUUAUGGCGAGCUGAUCCAAGUGGAACCUCUUGUCUUUGUCUCUCGUGCCCAUCGCAAGUUACCACCACACAAAAAGGAGCCCUAGGUCGACACUAA